CUUCCCCCUAAGAUAAAAAGAAAGCAUUUAAUUAUUUUAAACAAAAACACAGUUUUUCUUUAUCUUUGAUGACUGUUCUCUCUUAACAUCAGUCUCAUUUUACGUAAAUCAGAAGAGCGAAUGAAGCAACAAUAACCGCGAAAAGGGGGAGGAAUCUCUCGAGAUGCACCAGCUAAGCAGCCCAGUCACUGGCCGGCCGAGCCUCACAGUUCUACUACGCUAACGGGUCUGCAAACCUCUUUGGUGGAAGGCUAUAGGACUACGAGUCAAAGAUGUCAGGCGUAAAAGUAGACCAACUGCCCGUCCCCUGCAUAAAGCUAGGGGAGGGGCCUCACUGGCUCGAGAAGGAACAAGCCCUCCUCUACGUGGACGUCUUCUCCAAGGCCCUCAGGAGGCAUUUCAUCAAGAGCGGGAGACACCAGGUGCUGACCUUAGACGACGGAGGCGCCGCUGAGACUGUCAGCGUUGUGAUUCCGGUGGAAGGCGAACCCGAGCUCUUCGUUGUAGGGCUGGGGAACACCCUGUCGGUUGUCCGCUGGUCAGUCAGUGAUGCAGACCAGAUCACCGUCAAGCCAAGUGUCAUUCAGACGACGACCGACGACCACUUCAAUGAUGCCAAGUGCGACCCUCAAGGAAGGCUAUGGGCAGGCACCAUGUGUCCUCUGGACGACAAAGGCGAACUGCUUGAGUACAAUACCUCGUCUCUUUGGAAGUACGAUCACGAGCUCGAGUUUACCCAGUGGGUGAAAGGGGUAACGAUUUCCAACGGUCUUGCCUGGAGUCACGAUCGGAAGACGUGUUACUACAUAGACUCUCCAGCCAAAACAGUCGAUGCCUUCGAUUAUGACGACGCUGACGGGAAAAUCAGUAACCGCAGAACGAUACUGAACUACGACACAGCAGGACUCAAGGACCAAGUUCCUGAUGGCAUGACUAUCGACACCGAGGGAAAUUUGUGGGUGGCCUGCUUUGGUGGUGCACAGGUGAUAUGCGUAGACCCCAAGGAGAAGAAAGUGGUCCGCCAGGUGUCUCUGCCAUCGAAGAACAUAACCUCCGCGUGCUGGGGAGGUCCCAACUACGACAUCUUGUACGUCACUUCGGGAACGCUGAAACUGACUCCACAAGAGAUAGCAGGCAACCCAGCAGCUGGAGGCACUUUUGCGAUUAGUAACACUGGUGCCAAGGGUCUGCCGCCUAUGAAUUUCAAGGCCAAUCUUCAAAAACUGAAGGCAAAAUUAUCAGCCUAGUCUUAGGUCGCUUUAGCGUUUAAUUAGAGGCAUUUCAAAGUUGUUAUUUCAUAUGUGGCUUUAGUAAGAUCUCUUCAUCAGAAUACAAUAGAUUUGUUGCUUCAUUUGCGAACGGACAUAUGGUGAACGUUUCCAUGCAUUGGAUUUAAGUCAUUCAUGUUAACUCAAAUGAAAACGUUGCACAAUAGUGAACCCCAUAGAUAUAGAGAGGUAGUAACCCUGCAGUGUUUAUCAUGUCCUUGCCGUGGUGUUUCUGAAUUAUAAAUGAAUAACAUUUCAUACAGCUCUUCAAUAUACUUUUUGUCUGAUGUUUCUCAUUCCAAACUGUAGGAUAUAAAUAAAUGUAUGAUGUUAAAA